GCCCGACCUCCUCCAUCCUCUCCAGCCCGGCCGCGGCGACUUGGGGUCUGGACGCUGAUGCCACCGGCCGGCCGGGUAUGGAGGCGGCGCGCUGUGCACCGGGACCCCGCGCGGACAGUGCCUUUGAAGAUGAGACACUGAGGGUUCGACAGCUGAAGCUGGACAAGCAGAGGGCGCUGCUAGAGAAGAAACAGAGAAAGAAGCGCCUUGAGCCACUCAUGGUACAACCAAACCCAGAAGCCAGGCUGCGAAGGUUAAAGCCGAGAAGUGGCGAGGAGCACACGCCUUUGGUGGACCCUCAGACACCUCGCAUCGAUGUCAUCCUACACGGCAUCGAUGGUCCAGCUGCUUUCCUUAAGCCAGAAGCUCAGGAUUUGGAAAGCAAGCCUCAUGUUCUCUCAGUGGGCUCCCCUGCUCCAGAGGAGAACACGGAAGGAAGUGCAGAUGGGGAUAGCCCUGUGGAGGCUGCCUCCAAGCCAGCCCUUCAGGAGAUUCUCCAAAAGCACGGCAUCUUAGGUAGUGUGAACUAUGAUGAGGAGACCGACAAUGAGGAAGAGGAAGGAGACAGUCUUAGCUCUCCAUCAGCUCAUUCAGAAAAAGAGAGUUCUGCGGCCAGCCAGAAAGCAGCCUCGGAGACAGGCGCUUCAGGUGUCAUAGCCCAGCAAGGUGAUGGCCAGCUUGGAGAAGUGGAGAAUUUAGAGGACUUUGCAUACAGUCCUGCCCCUCGGGGUGUCACAGUGAAGUGUCGAGUCACCAGGGAUAAGAAAGGCAUGGACCGAGGCCUCUUCCCUACCUACUACAUGCACCUGGAGAAGGAGGAGAAUCGCAAGAUAUUUCUUCUUGCUGGUAGGAAGCGAAAAAAGAGCAAAACAUCCAACUACCUGGUCUCCACGGACCCGACAGACUUGUCUCGUGAAGGGGAAAGUUACAUCGGCAAACUCAGAUCCAAUCUCAUGGGGACCAAGUUCACAGUAUACGACUAUGGUGUCAACCCAGGCAAGGCCCAGGGUCUGGUGGACAAGGCCCACACCCGACAGGAGCUGGCCGCCAUCUGCUAUGAAACAAAUGUACUGGGUUUUAAAGGUCCUAGGAAAAUGUCUGUGAUCAUUCCGGGAAUGAAUAUGAAUCACGAACGCAUCCCAUUUCGGCCACGAAAUGAACACGAGAGCUUGCUUUCCAAGUGGCAAAACAAGACCAUGGAGAACCUGAUCGAACUGCACAACAAGGCCCCCGUGUGGAGCGACGACACCCAGUCCUACGUCCUCAACUUCCACGGCAGGGUCACUCAGGCAUCCGUGAAGAACUUUCAGAUCGUCCAUGGAAACGACCCGGACUACAUAGUCAUGCAGUUUGGACGAGUGGCUGAUGAUGUAUUCACACUAGACUAUAACUACCCAUUGUGUGCACUUCAAGCCUUCGCCAUUGGGCUGUCCAGCUUUGACAGCAAGCUGGCUUGUGAAUGAGAAACAGCAAGCAGGGGACAUCCUCACCACAGAGCCUUCAGGAGCAGAAAGUGGCUGCCCUUGACCGGCCCCAGCACAAGAAUAGCAAUCUUCUGCCCCUGCCGGGGAUGAACGAGUGUGUGUGUGUGUGAAUGAGCAUGUGUAUGUUCAGACAUGCACACACUCGUUCAUGCUGUCUCUGAGCUUCACAGACCUGGCCGUGGAUCAUAGCUCCCUGUGGGUGAGAGAUGGCUUAAAGCCCAGGGAGGAGGACACCUGGGCAUUCUGGUGACUUGCACAGCAGCUCCUCUGCGGCAUGUGUAGUUUCCUGUGCUCAGGCGCUUCCAGCAGAAUCAGGUUCUCAUGAUGAAAUGCUUCCUUUCUUGUUUCAAAAGGGGACUAUUCCCUUGGAUGCCUUUAGCCUCUAAGACAGGAGCCUGCAGACUUUCUCAACCAAUGGUCUCAUGGCGUCUCUUGGACUGUCUCCACUUAGCCUUCUUUAGCACAAAACAGCCAUAACCAGUUGAUGCACAAAGAGCAUAGCCAGGUCCCAAUAAAACUUUAUUUAUACAGUGGGCACUGGCCUACUUUGGCCUGGGCUCUGGUUUGCCAGCCUGCCUCAGUGUAACCCUAUACUCCAAAGCUGAAGCAUCUUCUAGAUCAUAAAUAGAAAGGGGCACGGUUUGCUUUUUAGGGGCAGCAGACUGACUACUUAUAUCUUUACUUUUGUUUUUCCUGAGACAGGGUUUCCAUGUUUAAUAGCCUUGGAUGUCCUGGAACUCACUCUGUAGACCAGGCUAGCCUCGAACUCACAGGGAUCCCCCUGCCUCUCCCAAGUGCUGAGAUCAAAGGCGUGCCCGUCACCUCCUGUUGAGACUGACUCUUAAGAGGUGCUUGUGCCGAAUCUGCUCUUGGUCGCUUUUACCUCACGGUGAUGAUGGCUGUAGGUGUCAUCUGCCUUCAGGAAGCUCAAGUCAGUGUCCUAUUGUCUGUUUCUGGAUCAUGUGACGCUAUCUUGUUUCUGGGGUCUGGGAAAGCUCUCAUGCCCUGGCCUCCUUCCCUGUCCUCAGAGCAGGGUGGUAGGCAAGGAUCUCAGCAGAGUGACUGGCCAGACCUCUGAAAGCCUCGCCCUCCAGGGUCUUCGUCUAGUGUGAGAGGCAAUGGGACCGCCUGCCUCACUCACUCCACAGGCCUUGCCGGGUCAGCUUUGUCCUCUGGCCUUCAAGCCUGGCCCACCAGAGAAGACACUCCCUAGCUCACUGACGCUUUUGAAAGCGUGAACACUUCAUGCAAACCAUGAGAAAUUUCUCCAGUUCACCUGACCUUGAGAAUUCCAAAACUUCGGCCCUGCAUUCAGUGGUUGUCCACUGCCAAGCUGCUUCCGGGUUGGGUGAAGGGUUGCCGGCUACUGCUCCGCUCCAUGGUUUUGUCCAUGGGGACUCCUCCUUUCUCCCUGCUCAGCAUCAAGCGGCUGUGUGGUGGCCUGAGAUGUGGGAGGAGGAAACCUGGGUUCACCGCGUGUCCCGUUGUCCUGUCUGUCCUUCAGGUAUCACUGGUUUCUGCCUCAGGCAUGCUUCCCAUUCAGUGCCUUGUUCAUAAGCGUGCUCUGAAGCCUGUCACACCUCUAUCACCCACUGCCCCUGACAAACCGCCUUUGCUGAGCAGAAAGUUGUUCAUUGUCUCCAGUGAAAUGGCGUGGGGACCAUGGGCCACUGGAUCUACUCCUGUCCAGCUAAGAGAGCUGUAUACGCCCAUUUCAUAGGCUCUCUGCUUGAGUGUGCAGAUGAGCAGAUGAUCGGUUUUACGUAAAUCAUAUUUAUACCUUUUGUAUGCCAUAUAAAUAAAGAUAAUUUAUAUAAUAACGUCA